AUGUCCGUCACUACAACUGCAACCAUUGCUUCCUUCGGCGGAAAGCUCCUCAAACUAAGUCAUGCCGCCACCACUACAAAAUGCGAGAUGAAAUUCAACCUCUACUUGCCUCCACAGGCCCAGACACAGAAGGUCCCGGUAUUGAUCUAUCUCUCUGGUUUGACCUGUACAGCUGAGAACUGCUCCGAGAAGGGCUUCUUCCAGCACGGUGCUAGCAAGAAGGGCAUUGCCGUGCUCUACCCGGAUACCAGUCCACGCGGACUCAACAUCCAAGGCGAGGACGACGCAUACGACUUCGGCUCCGGUGCCGGCUUCUACGUCGACGCCACCAAAGCCCCCUACAACGCCGGUUAUAACAUGUACAGCUAUGUCACUGAAGAGCUGCCCAAGACUGUUUUCGAUGCAUUCCCCGAUCAACUGGAUGCGAGCCGGGUUAGCAUCACCGGCCACAGUAUGGGCGGACACGGCGCUCUGACUUUGUUCCUCCGCAACCCAGGCAAAUACAAGUCCGUCUCAGCCUUUGCGCCCAUCACAAACCCCACGAACUGCCCCUGGGGCCAGAAGGCGUUCUCGGGCUACUUCGGCGAUGACCAGCAGGACAAGUGGAAGCAGCAUGAUGCCACGGAGCUGAUUAAGAAGUGGGCCGGCGGUCCUCUAGAUAUUCUGAUUGACGUGGUAUGUGCAGCGUCUCCCCAACCUUCCUGUUUACAACUUACGAUUUACGAUCCGAAAUCUAAUCUCAUCCACGCCCAGGGCACCGGCGACAAUUUCUACAAGCAGGGUCAACUGCUGCCUGAGAACUUCGAGGCUGCGGCUCGCGACGCAGGUAUCAACGGCCUGAACAUCCGUUACCAGCCUGACUACGACCACUCGUACUAUACUAUGGCUUCCUUUGCGGAUGACCAUAUCGAGCAUGCGGCUAAGUAUCUCUUUGCAUAG